UCCUGUUCCUGUUUCUAACAACAACAAUAAUAAUACACCAACACAGUAAAGGAAUGUUGGACGUUAACAGACCGGUGACAAUACUGACAGGCAUCCGACAGGUUGCGCAGUCGGUUCCAGGCCCGAAGUUUUGAAAAAGACCCAUCAACAUGAUGGCUAGCGGUAGCCCUGGUAGCUCAGUGGAUGACAAUGUCCCAGCCUCACAAUAAUAAAGGCCAGUGACAAGAGGUGAAAGAUGUCUCUCAGUGUUUGAUCCAAUUCAGGUGAAGGAUGGUUCUCCACAAGGAAGACAGCAUCCAGCUGAAGACAGCUCUGGGUACAAGUGAGAUACAGCUGCUGAUAGGGGACAUCACACAGCUGCAACCUGAUAAGGCCGUGGACAUUGUCAUCGUGUCAGCAGCUCAAGGGGGAUAUUCACAUUCUAUCUCAUCUACACUUAUCGGGGCUUUGAGUCGGAAUCUGAACAUCAGCGUCGGUGAGCUGUCAAAAGACAAGGAGCUUGACCUCAGGACUAACUUCCAUUGCUGGGUGUCCAAACCUCUGCCCCACAAUGUGCCAUACCGACGACUGGUGUGUUUUGAGAGGGCUGGUGAGACUGAGAGACGACCAACUACCCAGCAUAUUGGCGACAUGUUCCGUGCAAUGACCCCCAUCUUUAACAAUGAGGACACGACUGUCAUCACCCCUCUCCUGGCCACAGGAGCACAGGGUCAGUCAAAAGUGGCAGUGCUAAAGGCAAUGGUGGAUGGAGCUUGUCAUUGGAUCAAGGCCGGCCUCCCUCUGCGAUGUCUGAAGAUUGUCCUGUAUGCUGAGAGAGACAUGGUAGCCGUGGAACUGUUCAAGAAGUUGAAGAAAGUGUGGGAGUCACAGAACCUCAGACAGCCAGAAGAGGAUCAGAGUAUUGAUGUGUUCAUCUCCCACAGUAACCAUGACAACCAUUGGGCCGACAAAAUUGCUGCCCAGUUGACGGAGAUUCGCCCUGGACUGAAGGUGUACAAACAACAGCUCCAGUUCUCAGCCGACGAGGUGUGGCAGGAAAAUGUCUUCCACGUCAUGAUGCAGUCGGUCAGAAUCAUCACCAUCUUGAGCCCUGCGUAUGUGGAGAGUCAGGAGUGUCUGGAACAGUUCAACAUAGCUCUGUGUGUGAACCGCCUGUCUGAACACCACCAGAUCUGUCCCAUGUAUGUUGAGACGGUCACCUCCAUCCCCUCCUACAUGCAGUUGGUGCAGUACGUGGAGUGCAGACAACGGAAAGAAGGGGAGGUAACUGAGAUACUGAUCAAGCAGGCAUGUAUAACAAUUUUGAGUUCAGUGCCUGAGUCUGACCAGCCCAAAGAUAACUCGGUACCAACCCUGCCAGCCAGGACGACAUAUGACGUGUUCAUAUCCUACUCUCAUCGAGACCCGACACCUGCCCAGACUCUGCUGCAGUGUCUUCAGGAACAGGACUCCACACUCAGUGUCUUCUUCGACAGGAGCGAACUCACGACUGGAAGUCUCUGGCAGCAGAGCCUGUAUGACGCCAUGGACGGCACCCGCUGCGUGGUGGCGCUGCUGUCUAUGAGCUACAUGACAUCCAACGUUUGUCAGGAGGAAUACAACAUCGCACUUGCUAGGGUUUUAACUUCAGAAGAUGUCUGCCUGAUUCCUGUGUGUAUUGAACCCAUGGAGACUGUCCCCCACACCUUCAGUCAUGUGACCAUACUUGAUGGAUGUGCAGCCAAUCAGAAUGAUGCCCUAAAGCAGAUCUCCAGGGAAGUGAUUAAUUUGGUCAGAAAUGGACAGAAGGGACCAAAUAUUGUAAAGCCAACUCUCUCAGUUAUACCACACAAAGUUCAAAAGCUCCGUCGGAAACAAGAUUUUGAUAAACUGUACAAAAUAAAGAGAAAAGAAAUCAUACAUAAGGACCCAAACCAACAGACAAUGAGUAACGAGAAGCCAGUGGACAGAAGUGGCCAACAGAUUGUGUUCAGCUUUUCUCACGACUCACUCCGCCUUGCUAUUAUUCUGUCUGAGUUGAUAAACCAGGCAUCACCAGACACGACAUGCACUUUCAUCAGUGAGUAUAACAAAGAUAGACUCCACUUGUUGGACCAGUCCCAGCUUGUGGUGAUCAUAGUAUCUGACGGCUACACCCAGUCAGCUCAGCUCCUUGAGGAGCUUCAUCUCAGCCUCUGUCGCCAGCGGAGAGAAAAGCCCAGGAGGAUGAUGUACCUGAUCGAGGGAUUACACCUCAGUGCCAAACCUGAAUACCUCCAUCUCCUGGACUACAAAGUCAGCAUCACUGACAAACUGUGGACUGCAUUGACAACCAAGGAAAAAACACCAGAUGAGUUUUUCACUGCAACAAGAGGUGGAAUUAAGGGCUCUUACACUUGCACUCUGCCAGAGCGUCUGGCCCUCAGCAAAGCUACACUUGACAUCCUGGAUAUUGUGUACAAUCGGUCCCCUUCGCACACAAACAGCAGCAGCAUCCUCAACAUCCUCAAUAUGGGCAGCCUCCUCACAGACAACGCUGACAACAUCGUCCAAAUCAAGCAGUGUUUAAAGAAAAUACAGAUGGAUACAUCAGAGGAAGUAACAAGAAAUGAAGCAAAUAAUCAGGGGACCACUAAUUGCAACACAUCUACCUCAAUGGACAAUUACAGUGAUAUCAGCAGCACUCAUGAAGAUUUUAAUUUAAUGAUGACACAACAGAGUUUUCUCAAAGCUACAAGUAAAAAGAGUGGCUUCUGUGUCGUGUUAUGAGGAUUUAAUUAGAAAUAAGACAUUACAACUGACUAAUCCAGUGGGACUGGGAUGAGUCUAUAUUUAUUACCCUGGUCUGAUUAGGAAUUGUUUUAACGUAGUCCUGUCAAAAACUAUUUAGAUACACUUAUAAAAUGAUCCACUGAAGUUAACUGAAGCUUUAUCUUUACUCAAACAUAUAAACUUCAGAAGGGAUGCAUGAUUAGUCAGAAAGAAAUGUAAACAUUAGCAACAUGUAGUGUCACCAUGGAGUUUUAUUGUUAAUAACAUUAAACAAUAUGUCACAUGACUAACCAUGGGCCCGGGUGGACCUGACGGUACCCAGGUCCAACUCAGGACUUACCCGACCUGAGAACCCAAGUUACCCAUCCCAGCCCUACAAUCAGUUACCAUGGUUACAAGAUUGUUUGUUAUAACGGCAGACAAGCUAACAUACCUUAGACUUUCUGAGCACACCAGUAACUGUGAUAGCAUUUAGGUAACAGUGUUUAUUUAUUCAGGUGUACAAGAUAUAUGUCUUAUUUGAUCAUUGUAUAUCUUUUUGAGACAUGUUGAAUAAAAUACAUAAUAUGA